UUUCUUAUUUGGGGACGAUAAAAGGGCGAGUUUGUUACUUGGUCUUUUGGGUGUAGUGCUUUGGACUUGAAGCCUAAUACAAUUUCUCUGAUUUGGGUUUUCUUUUAGAGCAAAAAAGCUUCUCACCCUAAACCCUCCCUUCCUUUCAGAGCCACACAAUAGCUCCUCACACACUAUCUGAAAGAGCUCUGAAAAUUCAAUAUACCAACUAAAACAGAGCUGCUGUUAGAAAAAGUGAUUUUGCAGGGGAAAAGCAUGGCAUUACAAGCUGUGGUUUACCCAAAAGAGUAUCCAUUUGGCUUUGGUUGCAAAGAUUUCUACUCUUUCAAUGGAGGAGGAGCUUCUUGGGGAUGUGACUUUAUCUCACAAGAGGGUCAAAACAACCACAUAGAGCAACAUUUUCUCAAUGAAAAUUGGGACUAUUGCUCCUCAUCUCCUUCACUUUUGCAAAAUGUGAAAGAAUGGGAUCCCAAUUCCUCACCUGAGGCCUGCACAGCAGACCAAUCUGUCCCUCCAGGACACCUCUCUGCCAUGGAAACACCACCACCACCACCACCACCACCGCCAACAACAACAACGACAAACCGGCGUAAACGACGUCGUACCAGAAGUAGCAAGAACAAGGAGGAAAUUGAGAACCAGAGGAUGACUCACAUUGUUGUGGAGCGCAACCGGCGCAAGCAAAUGAAUGAGUACCUUGCUGUCCUCAGAUCAUUGAUGCCACAGUCUUAUGCUCAAAGGGGUGACCAAGCAUCAAUUAUUGGGGGUGCCAUUAAUUUUGUGAAGGAGCUAGAGCAGCUUUUGCAGUCCAUGGACAGCAACAAAACGAGCAAGCAACAACCUUUGGCUGAGUUCUUCACCUUCCCACAAUUCUCAACUCGUGCGACUCAGAGCAACAACAACUCAACUGGGCUCCAAGCAAACGAGCCAAACAUGGCUCAGAGCAACAGCAACCAGUGGGCAGCAGCAGACAUAGAAGUGACCAUGGUGGAUAGCCAUGCCAACCUUAAGAUACUCUCCAAGAAAAGGCCUAGGCAGCUGUUGAAGAUGGUGGCUGGGUUUCAAAGUCUCAGGCUCAGUGUUCUUCACCUGAAUGUGACCACAGUUGAUGAAAUGGUCCUCUACUCUGUUAGUGUCAAGAUUGAAGAAGGGUGCUUGCUAAAUACAGUGGAUGAAAUAGCAGCAGCUGUUAAUCAAAUGCUGAGCAGAAUUCAAGAAGGUGGUUUUAGCUGAAAGCUGAAUUAUUUUCUCUCAGUGGAUCAAUUUUUCUUCGCUCUCUUUCCUUUUUAUUUUGUGUUUUUCUUCAUCUUUUUUUCUCUGUUCUAAGAAGGUGUAUGUUUGCGUAUUGAGAAAGAACUAAUCUAAGUCUCUACAGAGAAGCCACAAUGAUUGAAAUAA